AUGUGUGGUGGACGACUCUCACUCUCAUCAAUGCUCUGUAUUUUUUCUAUGGUUAUGCUGCUACAUUCAGUGUUUUGUGCUGACAGUGACAGAAGUCAAAGAAAAAUUGUUCAUGUUACUGAGGGUGAAACUGGUGAAGUCAUUGUACAAACAGCGCCAGGUGUGGUGACCACACAUCGUGGUGGCACCAUAAUCCUUCCUUGUCGUUAUCAUUAUGAGCAUUCUGGAGAGGAACCUGCACCAGUACGCAUAAAAUGGUCCAAGAUCAGUGAGCCUGCAUCCUUCACUGAUGUGUUUGUAGCUCUGGGAAAGGAAAUGAGGGACUUUGGCCCCUACAAGAACCGUGUUUCCCUUCAAGAACAUGAUCCAGGGGAUGCCUCACUGAUCGUCCGCAAUGUUACCUUGGCUGAUUAUGGGAGAUAUGAGUGUGAGGUGACCAAUGAGCUAGAAGAUGACACUGGGACUGUCAAACUUGACUUAGAAGGAGUGAUCUUCCCUUAUUAUCCACGCUUAGGACGAUACCACAUGAACUUUCAUGAUGCUCAGAAGGCCUGCAAGCAGCAGGAUGGUAUCCUUGCUUCUUAUGAUCAGCUUCAUGAAGCUUGGCUGAAUGGUCUUGACUGGUGCAACGCUGGUUGGUUGCAAGAUGGCUCUGUGCAAUACCCAAUCUCCAAACCACGGGAAGAAUGUGGAAAAAAAGAAACACCUAUUGGAGUAAGGAACUAUGGAUACCGGCACAAGGAGGAUGAGCGUUAUGAUGCCUUCUGUUUUACAUCAAAUCUCAAUGGUAUAGUGGGUCUCUCAGCAAAAUAG